GGAACAUGGAGCGGGGGCCGGUGGUGGGGGCAGGGCUGGGGGCCGGGGCCCGGAUCCGGACACUGCUGGGCUGCCUAGUCAAGGUGCUGCUGUGGGUGGCCUCUGCUUUGCUAUACUUUGGAAGUGAACAGGCUGCCCGCCUCCUGGGUAGCCCCUGCUUGCGGCGCCUCUACCACGCCUGGCUGGCAGCCGUGGUCAUCUUCGGGCCCCUUCUGCAGUUCCAUGUCAACCCUCGGACCAUCUUCGCCAGCCACGGCAACUUCUUCAACAUAAAGUUUGUGAAUUCGGCAUGGGGCUGGACGUGCACCUUCCUGGGGGGCUUCGUGUUGCUGGUGGUGUUCCUGGCUACACGGCGCGUGGCAGUGACAGCGAGGCACCUGAGCCGGCUGGUGGUGGGGGCCGCCGUGUGGCGAGGGGCCGGACGGGCCUUCCUGCUCAUUGAGGACCUGACCGGCUCCUGCUUCGAGCCUCUGCCCCAGGGCCUGCUGCUCCACGAGCUGCCAGACCGCCGCAGCUGCCUGGCGGCCGGCCACCAGUGGCGAGGCUACACCGUCUCCUCCCACACCUUCCUGCUCACCUUCUGCUGCCUGCUCAUGGCCGAGGAAGCAGCCGUGUUCGCCAAGUACCUGGCCCAUGGGCUGCCCGCCGGUGCGCCCCUGCGCCUCGUCUUUCUGCUCAACGUGCUGUUGCUGGGCCUCUGGAACUUCUUGCUGCUCUGUACGGUCAUCUAUUUCCACCAGUAUACCCACAAGGUGGUGGGUGCCGCAGUGGGCACCUUUGCCUGGUACCUAACCUACGGCAGCUGGUAUCAUCAGCCCUGGUCUCCGGGGAGCCCGGGCCAUGGGCUCUUCACUCACCCCAGCCGCAAGCAUAACUGAAAG